UAUUACAAUAAUAAUUCAGCUAAUCUUAAAUUUGUUGCAGAGUUUAUUUAAAUGCCAUUUGACACGGUUGUUAAAGCGAUAUAUUUUGGUGAGACUUUUUUGUUAAGAGAGGAAAAAAAGUCUCAGUUGUAUUUGAAAUGUCGAACAACAGCAUCUACGAAGCUCGUCUGCUUUGGGCACUCAUUGUGGGCACAAUCGCGGGAUAUAUUUUGACAGAGAUCCUCUCCUAUAGGGCGGCAAGGCCAAUGGAGCAACCGUCGCUAGCGGAACAGCUGAAGAAAGAGGUGCGCGUGCUGUGCUGGGUAAUGACCCAUCCAGGUAAUCACAAGCUGAGGGCACUGCACGUCAAGCGCACCUGGGGCAAGCGGUGUAAUAUUCUGCUGUUCAUGAGCUCUCAAUUGGAUGAUGAGCUGCCGACAGUAAAAUUGAAUUUGACUGAGGGGCGAAACUAUCUCUGGAUGAAGACAAAGAGCGCCUUCAAGUAUGUCUACAAUAAUUACUAUAACGAUUCCGAUUGGUUCUUCAAGGCGGACGAUGACACGUUUGCGGUGAUCGAAAACAUGCGAUAUAUGCUAUAUCGAUAUAAUUCCGAGACGCCCGUCUACUUUGGCUGCAAGUUCAAAAAGUACUUCAAGCAGGGCUUCAUGUCGGGCGGUGCUGGGUACAUCCUGAGCCGCGAGGCCUUGCGUCGAUUUGUGGUCGAGGGCCUGUCCAAUCCUAAGAUUUGCAAGUCUGGCCCUGACGGGGCUGAGGACCUCAUGAUUGGACUAUGCAUGCAGAAUCUGAAUGUAACAGCUGGCGAUUCACGCGAUGCCAAUGGACACGGUCGCAUGUAUCCACUGUAUCCCGCAUUUCAUUUACAUCCACCAGACAAUAAAACGUUUUGGUACUGGAAUUAUGCAUUCUAUAAUACGACAGACUGUUUCAGCUGUGUCGCAAAUACGGCAAUAUCCUUUCACUACGUCAAGCCCAAUGAAAUGUACCAAUAUGACUAUUUCAUUUAUACUCUAAAAGCCUAUGGGCUCAUACACAAUCAAGAGUUGAAGCUGCCAACUAAAUUGGCUGCAGGGGAAUAUAACCCAGAGGGAAUAUAACCCAUAUAUAAAAAUAAAUAAAUAAAUAGAAAAUAGCUAGAAGAAUUAAUACAGAAGAAAAAGAAAAAAUAUUGAAUAAUUUAUAGUAAAUCUACAUACAGAUGAAUGGACAUUAAAAAACUAAUAUGCUCUACUAUAUAAUUUGCUACUAAUAUACUUUUUUAGUGAGUAUUAAGAACAAUUAAAGUAAUCCCACAGCAGUUUUUUUUUUUAGUUUUAUGCAGACCAAA